UUCAAGGUAAACAGCAAUGGGGAUUCCAGGUUAUAUUUAAUGCAUGCAGGCUGGGUUCCUGCACUGCUAUCGCUGCUCCUUCUCCCUGUGUUUUGUUGUAGCAGCUGUGCUUGAGGGGGUUCAUUUUAGUUUUGGCAGUAGACCCGUCCUUAUUUCCUUCCAACUUCUGAUUCUAGUGCAGUGUGUGGUGCCAAUGCUGUUGUUCUUUGGAUAGUUCACAAAUAAAUUAAGGAAAGAAUACCCUAAACAUUUGGAUUACAUUUUUCUAAUAGGAGGGACAUGCUGCUUUAAUUGUUUUUUGCUCUCAUUUUAAUUUCACAUUUUCUCUGGAGGUGGUGUUUUUAUUCUUGCUGUAGUGGCACCCCUGCUGAACAAGUACAGAGGAAAUGUGCGUGUUGUUGCUGAGGUCAUGGACAAAUUCCUCUCUCUGUUCUCUGUCUACAUCAGCAGGUGUUAUGGAUCUACAGUAUUUCCUGAGCUGGAAAGUUGCCCUGCUGCUUCUCUUGACGCCAUGUGGGCUCCAGUGUAUGUCAGUGCACAUCCUCAACGAGGAGAUUGUGCACGUGAUCCCAGGCUCCAGUCUGGUCCUGAAAGCUGAGAUCGGGCACGGACCCCUGGAAGAGGUCUCCGUGGUGACCUGGGAGCGGGAGUCCGAACUUUGGACCGGCCAUGACAGGGUGACACUGGCCACGUGCCCCGGCAAAAGCUUCACGUGUGGUGGCACGAGGCCAAAUGUUCAUGUGAACAUGGAGCGGCAGGUGACGACACUUCAGAUAAAUGGGUUCAGCGGAGCAGACAGCGGCGUGUACACUGUGACUGUGACGGAUCAGAAAGGGGUCAAGACCUUUGCAGGAUGCAUCGUCAGGAAAUACGAGGCGGUGCACCACGUCUCAGUCAGCAUCAACGUGUCUCACUCCUCGCUGGUUUGUGGAGAGGCCUGGGGCACGGAGCCCCACUUCAGCUGGCUCCACGAGAGAGUGGCCAUCACUCAGACUGUGGGUAUAGUCUCCAAAGAUGGAACAACAUUGUUUGUGAACAAGACUCCCAUCUGUGGCCACUUCACCUGCAUGGUCAGCAACAAGCUGGGCUACAGCUCCGCCACCUAUACUGCAGCACCUUGCGAGACAGAGGGCAGAGGGACAACAGUGGCUGUGCUGUGUGCCGUCCUCCUGCUGCUGUGUGGAGGAGUGCUGGCAUUUCUGCUGUGGAGGCGACACAGGCUCAGCACCAGAGGAGAGAGGCUGCAAGAACAUAUAGAUGACACCUUUUGAAAAAAAGGCCCAAGAUACUCUUGUGUAACUCAGAGAGAAGAACAGGGAAUGGACUUGAUCUGUGAGGAUGUUACUUCCUGCCCUUUGAGCAGUAUGACCUUACACAGCAUUGGAACAAUGUGAUGAGUGAACUGCUUGGUGGGAAAUAAAAAAUAUCUAAAAAUGGAUAUUCAGCUUGAAGUGCCAGCAAUGUCAUUACACUGCCUCCUGCUGGGCUGCACAUGGCACUGCGUAUUUAAUAAUCAUUUUUGUAGGCUUGUAUCAGCUGCGCAUUGUAUUGAAAUGUAUUUCAAAUUUUGCCUUCAUAAUAAAAUCCCUUUUAAGAAUGUGACAACAUUCAGCAGUUAUUUGAACACAUUUUUGAAAGAUCGUUUUAGUUUGAAAACUGUUUUGACAGGGCUUACAUUUUUAUUAAAUUUAUACUAUGCAGGAAUGUCCAUUACUGUUUAUUAGCGGCUCAGCACCAACAGUGAUAGUUGAAGCCUGCCCCAGAUGUGUUCUUGUUUGGCAUUUUGCCUUGCUAUAUUUGCAAUUUUUCAGCGCUGUGUCUCUUGCCUCUCUUGCCUGCUGCUUACAGUCUGGCACCUGGCUACAUUUUUAUUAAGCCCCGGCCUCACCUGAGCACUGUGGGGGUACACACCCAGCAAUGUCCCAAAGAGAGGGCAGAGCACACUCCCAGUGGGUCAUAAGUGAUGAUUGAGAGGCAUUUCUUCUUUAUGAGUCUGUACAUUGAUUGUUAGAAAAAUCCUGCAUAGUAUAACUUUAAGGAUGGCAUCUUUGCUCUCUAUCUCCUUUUUCUCAUCCAGUAUUAGAUGUUUGAUUAGAUUAGAUUAGAGUUGGCGAUUAUAAAACUGUAAAAACAGUACUGCAUAACAAAUUCAAUGAUGGGGAUCAGGAAAAGAUAGGAUGUAGACUAUAUAGUGAAAAUGAAUUAGUAUAGUAGCAAUAAUAUAGCUGUCAAUUCAUGUCACAUUCGCUGAUUGACACACAGGAGGCUAAGUUUGUAAACAAUUACAUGCAUCACACUCAUAGGAGUAAUUUUGCGUUCAGUAUUUUGUCCAAAGAUACUUCGGCAUAUGGACUGGAAGAGCUGGGGAUUGACUGAUGAUCAUCUGAUUGAUGGGCGAGCAGCUCUGCCUCCUAAGCCCAUGUGUGGCUUUUCUCCAUGUACUCAAGCUUCCUCCCACAGUCCAAAGACAUGCAGGCUAAUUGGUGACUCUAAAUUGACCGUAGGUGUGAAUGUGAGUGUGAAUGGUUGUCUGUCUCUUUGUGUCAGCACUGUGAUAGUGUGGCCACCUGUCCAGGGUGUACUCCGCCUCCCGAGGGUAGUAAAUGGGCUGAAAAAUGGGCGCCAUAUAGGACUGUCCAUGGGAUACAUAUUGGCCCCAUGAUAUUUGCCCAUGUGGGUGGGUUUACCCAAGUGGGCCCCAGAUAAUACGGCCCUUUUUGGGCCCAUAACGACUUUGUACCCAGGUAGCCCCAGCAUGACCCGUGUGGGGCCCACUUGGCAAACCCACCCAUGUGGGCAACUGGCAUGGGGCCAAUAUGGAACACAUGGACAAUCCAGUGUAGGGCCCAUUUGUCAGCCCAUGUGCGCCCCACAUACAAAUGUUGGCUGGGUAUAUUUUGUCUAAGGAUACUUUGACAUAUGGACUGCAAGAGCUAGGGAUUGAGGGAUGAUCUUCCGAUUGGUGGACAACCAGCUCUACCUCCUGAGCCACAGCCAUAAUUAUCACUCAGUAAUGGAUGCAAAAUGCAAACUGCACAUGGACGCAUACAAACACCUGCAAGAAAACCCUCAUAUACCAGUUCUUUAUUAAACUGGCUGUUCAAUGAUUGGCUAAUGCUUGAAGUCCCUUGAAGAAUUUGGGAAAACUGCUUUUAGUUUUUGUGCUGCACACACUUUGAACAAGUUGCAGCACACAAAACUGUCAGUUUAAAACCAUGAUUACAUACUACUCCACUCUUGAAUGUGUUUCUGUGUUCUGUUGUAGUUUGUUUUCUCAUUGAUCGUUGUUUGAUUUCUUUCGUUUAAAUUGUACUCUCCAGCAUUGUAAAAAUGUGCAUGCCCUCAGUAAUUCCUUGAGAUUUAAAUAAAGGUUGAAUGAAAAGAAUGGCAAUGUUA